GACACAUCGACAUCAAGCGAGGAUCAUCAGGGGAGUACGAUGGCUCAGCAAGAACACGCCAGGGUGCGUCGUCUACCACAAGAAUCUUCCAUCCUGUCGCCGGCCACGUCUGACUCCACUACAUCCGUGUCCAAUACAUCACUGUCCUCGUCUAUCUCACGAUUCCGAAACGACUUUGAAGAGUUGAAAUGCAAGAUGAAAAUAUUUGGCGAGUCGCUGAACCUCUGCCGGUGCAUAGCUGACGACUUCAGGAGCAAGCUGACGCAGAUGGAGAGAAGGCUGGAGAACCUGGAGCGGAGGCAUCGGCUGUGGAGGGUGAGCUCUUUAGUGGAUGAUAAUGAAAUGGUGACUCCACCCCAGGCAGCAAAGUGA